GUUUAAUUCGCGCGCAAGAAGUGACAGCCGUGAUAGACGAGGAGGUGGAAGAGGCGGAAUGGGCAGGGGCGGAGGAGGCCGCGGAGGUGGAGACAGAGGUAGAGGUGGUCGAGGAUCAAGUUCAGACCGCAGAGGAGGAGGUGGCGGCGGAUUUCGAGGAGGUAGUAGAGGUGGCAUAGGAAUGGGAAUGGGUGGACGAGGUAUGAGCCGUGGUGGCGGACCUCCCAGAGGCGGCAGUAGUUUGAAAGGGAAGCAGCCUGGUGGUAACCUACGCAAACCAAGAUGGAACAUGGAAGAGUUGCAGCCCUUCAGGAAAGAUUUCUACACUCCGCACCCUAACGUUGUUAACAGGCCACAAUCUGAAGUCGAAAAAUAUAGAAAAGAGAAAGAAAUAACCAUCAAAGGUAAAGAUGUUCCAAAUCCCAUUAUCAACUUCAACGAGGUCAUAUUCCCUCCUUACGUGGUAGAUGAAAUUCGCCGACAAGGAUUUUCAGCACCCACAGCUAUCCAAGCCCAGGGAUGGCCAAUUGCUUUGAGCGGUCGUGAUAUGGUUGGAAUUGCUCAGACAGGCUCAGGAAAAACUUUAGCGUACAUUUUGCCUGCCAUUGUACACAUCAAUAAUCAACCAAGAAUUUUAAGACAUGACGGUCCAAUAGCAUUAGUUCUCGCGCCCACCCGAGAACUUGCCCAACAGAUCCAGCAAGUGGCUGCAGAUUUCGGGUCAUCAACUGCAGUCCGUAACACCUGUGUCUUUGGAGGAGCUCCAAAAGGGCCACAGGCAGGAGAUUUGGAAAGAGGUGUAGAAAUCGUAAUUGCAACCCCCGGACGAUUGAUUGAUUUCCUCGAAAGAGGGACCACCAAUCUACGGCGAUGUACCUAUUUGGUACUUGAUGAAGCAGACAGAAUGUUGGAUAUGGGUUUUGAACCUCAAAUUAGAAAGAUUAUUGAACAAAUUCGACCUGACAGACAAGUGCUUAUGUGGUCUGCAACUUGGCCAAAGGAAGUGCGUCAAUUAGCAGAAGAAUUUCUCCACGAUUAUAUUCAAAUUAACAUUGGAUCUCUGAACCUGUCAGCCAACCACAAUAUAAUGCAAAUCAUUGAUGUCUGCGAAGAUUAUGAAAAGGAACAAAAAUUGUGCCAGCUACUCUCAGAAAUUUUCAAUGAGCCGGACAAUAAAACUAUCAUCUUCGUCGAAACGAAGCGAGGUGUCGAUGAAAUCACUCGGAUCGUGAACAGAGGAGGCUACAGAGCUGUAAGCAUACAUGGUGACAAAUCGCAACAGGAUCGUGAUUAUGUUCUAAAUGAAUUCAGGAACAGCAAAGCAUGUAUUUUAGUUGCCACAGAUGUUGCCGCCCGUGGCUUAGAUGUGGAUGAUGUAAAGUUUGUUAUAAAUUAUGAUUACCCGAAUUCAUCCGAAGACUAUGUUCAUCGUAUCGGACGUACAGGCCGCUCAAACAAAACAGGCACUGCAUAUGCCUUCAUUACACCUGCCAAUGCAAGACAAGCCAAGGAUCUCAUUAGUGUUUUGGAAGAAGCAAAUCAAAGGGUUAACCCCAAACUCUUGCAAUUAGCAGAAAUGGCACGGACAGGAGCUUUCUCCAGAAUGAAGCGUGGCGGUGGCGGUAUGAGGUCACGAGACUCAGGUUUCGGCAGAGGAGGCCGUGACAGAGGUAGUUUCGGAGGCAGAGGAAGGGACAGUGCUAGUGGAUUCGGUGGACGCGGCAGAGACAGCGACCGAGGAGACUUCGACAGAAAACGUUCAAGCGAGCAAGCUUUUGGCGGCGGUCGCGGCCGUGGCGGAUCACGCGAUGAUCGCGGUGGUCGUGGAGGCUUCGGCGGUAACCAGAGUUAUGGAGGAAGUGGAGGCUAUGGGAACAAUCAAGGAGGUUUUGGCGGUGGAAACUCCUUUGAUCAAAGCAGUGAUGGCGGCGGCAACGGGUUUGGAGGUGCUAACUCUGGCGGUUACGGUGGAGGCGGCAGGAAUAGCUUCGGAUCAGAAAAUAGUAGCUUUGGGGGUGCCAGAGGCGGAAGGGGAGGCGGCCGUGGUGGUGGAAGAGGCGGAAGCGCACCCAGCACCGAUAACGGAAGGCAAAGUCGAUGGGAUAAUGACCAAAAGAAAUCUCGUUUCUCCGACAGCAACAGUGGCCUCGUCAAGCAGCAAGGCGGUGGUGCCAUGGUUGGCGCCAACUACGGAGGUACUCCUCAACAGAGUUUCAAUCAACCACCCCCGAAUUUCGGAGCACAACAGCAACAACAGCAGUAUCAAAUGUACAAUCAACAAGCGGCAGCGUAUGCUCAAUACGCGCAGUAUGGUCAGCAGCAGCAGUACAAUGGUUUCCAAGCAUUCCAACAACCUCCGCCCCCACCCUCUUAGAUUAUAGGCAGUAAUCCAGUUUCAUGAUUCCAUUGGGCCAGCAGUGUAACUGCUGAAACGUUUUCUAUUAUGUCCGCAGUAAAAGAAGGAUAGAAGAUUUUGACAGAAUUGUCAAGUUUGCUACAUAGUUUUUUUUUUUUCUUUUCUUUUUAUCACCUUUGAUCUAUCUAAGAAUGAACAUUUCCUAGUUUUCUUCGUUUUCCAUUUUAUUUUUUCUUGUAUCUCCUAGAUUCUUAUUCAGUAAUUGUAUUUAAGAAUUGGAAAAUACCUAUAUGUUUAUCUUGUCUAGGAAACGUCUUGCAAUGUCUGGCUGAUGCUUGACUAUCAUUUUCCUAUGUACUUCAUAUUCAUGUGCACUCAAUCAUUCGUCUUUAAGUAAAUGUCAGAACCCAA